AUGUCCUUAUUUUCGGUGAAGCUUUUGGAUUCUCAGAGUGAUACUGACACCAUAUAUGAAAAAAGCCAUACUAGUUUAUCGUUAUUGGUUUCUUGUAUUCUCAGCAUUCAAACAUCUCUUGUUGGAGAAUUCGCCAAGGAUACAUCUGGUGAGCAGCUGGAAUUCUGGAUUGUUGGCUACAUCCGGCAACUGCGAUGCGAGGCAAAUGUGUCGGCAGCUUUAGAAAUAUUUCCAGAAGACAAGAGCAAUGCAGAGGCAGCUCUGGAUCUUCCUAUGUUCAGCUAUCAGUUGAAACUGUGGAGGGGGAGUUCGAAACCCAUCAAAACUCCCUCUAUUGUAGAAGGGAAAGUUUAUUGUGACACAUAUCGCAUCAGAUUCAAAACCCGCGUUAGUGAAAACAUUGCUGGAGCCAAAGUACGGAUCGAGUGCAUCGACAGGUCUACUGGGCUCAUGACUUAUAGCAUUGGAGGGCUAACAGAUGAGUCAGGCACUUAUUGGAUUCCCGUGGAAGGGGACCAUCAAGCUGAUAUUUGUGAGGUGGUGGCGAUUGGCAGCAACCAUCCCAACUGCAAUGAGGUGGAUCUUGGACGUGAUCGUGCACGUGUUCUCCUCACUAAGAACAAUGGAAUAUCUUCCCAUUCUCGCUAUGUAAAUGCAUUGGGGUUCAUGAAGAAAGAAACUCUUGAUGUGUGUCCGGACAUUUUUAAAGAAUUAGGAAUGGCUGGAUAA